UAUAUAGCACCUACUUGUGAUCUGUGCAUACCAGAGGUUAACUUUGAAAUUAAACCUUCUAAAGCUUAAAUUGGCCUACAUCCUACUCAAUACCAAUCGAGGAUCUUCAUAUAUAACCACGUAAAAAGGUAUUGAAUUUGGAUAAACCAACUAGAAAGCAUAAAUUAAAGUACAUGAUAGAAACAGUUGAAGAAGAAUCGGGCAGCUAAUGAAUCCUAAUUUGGAAAACGGAGAAAGAUGAUACAAUCGUAAAUUUUCACUGCAGAGGAGUGUGAUCGUAUGAAAUGAAUCUUACCGCAGAAAAUGCGAAGGAAUCACCAACGUUCACAACCGUAUUCGGCACCAUUCAAUUAUCGUCAAGAUAUAGUGUUGAACAGAAUAUUGUGACAACUUUCAUGGUAAUUUUGUCCUUCAUAGGUAUUUUGGCAAACGUCACCUUACUUUUUGUCAUUAUCAAAGACCCUUUCAAGCAACUUCGAACCAUUACAGCAAUCUUAUUGGCCUUUAACUCUAUCACAAACCUAGGUUUAAUUUGUGCGUUGUUCGUUGAGAGCUUAUGGCAAUUUUCGAAUGAAGAGCUUCCUCCCGAGUUAUUUCUUCAUGCGAAUGUUUCUUCCUUGUUUUUAUGCACUUUGGGUAAUUUCUUACACAUAAUUAAUACUUACGGCGCGAUUGUUAUUCCUGUGCGAUACAGGAUAGUAGCUCCAAAAAUUCGAAGAUAUUUGGUGCAAAGCCUUGCACUGGCUGCACUUGGAACAUUCGUUGUUAUCGUCAUUCCCGUUUGCGUUUUGCCCGAGGGCAAGCAACAAGAUUUUUCUAAAGUGAUCAUGACAGUGUUAGGCGUUUUACUCGUGUUGUUAUCGAUAAUAUUCGCGAUUCUCUACCACAAAAUAUUUCGAUCGCUGUACGCAAGGAACAACAAUUUGACGUUCGCCUUACGUCGGAGACACUCAGUUUACAGGGAGCAUUCUAGAGACUACCGUAAUCAGAGGAUGGUAAUGACGCUACUCAUACAUGUUGUGUUUUUUAUUUUAACAACACUUCCUGCGUCUGUACUGGCUAUAAUUUUUCUUAAUAAGAAGAUGUCUGAUGCUUUUUCCCUCGCAACUUUAUUUAGUUUACCUAUAUUCUCAUCGCCGUUUGUGUUUUUACCAAUACUCUGGCUUUUUCGACUAAAAAACUACAAGAGAGCAAUGGUGAAGAUUAUCUAUUUUUGGAAAGGAAGACAUCCCGAAGCAGAAACCCAACAGAACACGAAUCCUCAAACUAUGAUGACAAGCCUUCAGCCCCCACUAUAACGACAUAUGUUUCUCUUUUCUUGGUCGAAUAUUGGAAAGUUUUCAUGGUUUAAAUAAUCGAGAGCUUCUACUUAAAUACAGUUGUUUUAAUGAUAAAAUAAGGACUUUGUCGUGGUGACAAGUUUAAAAAUAGUUUUAAAGAGCAAAUUCCAUAGGAAAUAGUAAAAUUAAUAACCUAAUAGUACUUAAAGGAGAAGUUUAAAACAAGAACACUUACUCAACAAUUCUAAAAGAACUGUUUUUAACAAGAACACUAACCCAGCAAUUCUAAAAGAACGGUUUUUAACAAGAACACUUACUGAACAAUUCUAAAAGAGCUGUUUAAAACAAGAACACUAACCCAACAAUUGCAAAGGACUGUUUUUUAAGUGCCUUUUAACUUUGAAACAGUUCUUUUAGAAACUGUUGGGUUUGUGUCCUGGUUUUAAACAGUUCUUAAAAGAACAAUUAGGUUAUUAUUUUGACCAUUUUCCAUGGUAUUUGCUCUUUUUAAAAAACAAAUUUUGUUUUAAUGAGCUCGAAGUCGCAGAUUGCUUUUUGAUAAAAUAAAUUUAGUAUUUAAUUUUGUAUUUAGUAAGUAUUAACUUUAUGUUCUAACAACUCUCCAAUAAAGAAUUUAAAUACAAUCGUUAAAAUCGAUUGUCUUCAGUAAA